AUCCAAGCUUUCAAAACCCCAACCACUCAUUUUCUUCUCCUGAAAACCAAAACCCCAAAUUAGGGUUUCUCUUCCUUUCCUCCCUCUCACACACAAAGAAAAAUAAAAAGAAAUCUCUGUAAACUGAUUCUGAAAGGGAAUCCACCAUGCCGCAAGGAGAUUACAUAGAGCUGCACAGGAAGAGGCAUGGAUACCGCCUCGACCACUUCGAGCGCAAGCGCAAGAAGGAGGCGCGUGAAGUCCACAAACACUCUGAGAGAGCCCAGAAGGCAUUGGGUAUUAAAGGAAAGAUGAUUGCGAAGAAAAAUUAUGCUGAGAAGGCUCUCAUGAAGAAAACAUUGGCUAUGCAUGAGGAGUCAACAUCUAGGCGCAAGGUGGAUGAUGACGUUCAAGAUGGAGCUGUUCCUGCCUAUCUUUUGGAUCGUGAAAACACUACACGAGCAAAGAUUCUUAGUAACAGUAUAAAGCAAAAGAGGAAAGAGAAGGCUGGAAAAUGGGAGGUCCCUCUACCUAAGGUGAGGCCUGUUGCAGAGGAUGAAAUGUUUAAAGUUAUUCGAUCUGGCAAACGGAAGACCAAGCAGUGGAAGAGAAUGGUCACGAAGGCCACAUUUGUGGGACCAGGUUUUACAAGGAAACCUCCCAAGUAUGAGCGUUUUAUUCGUCCUACUGGGUUGCGGUUUACUAAGGCUCAUGUUACACACCCUGAACUCAAGUGCACCUUCAACCUUGAGAUCAUUGGAGUAAAGAAAAACCCUAAUGGUCCUACGUACACAUCUCUUGGUGUUAUCACUAAGGGCACUAUCAUUGAGGUGAAUGUUAGUGAAUUAGGUCUUGUCACACCAGCUGGUAAAGUUGUAUGGGGGAAGUAUGCUCAAGUAACAAAUAACCCAGAGAAUGAUGGUUGUAUAAAUGCAGUUCUACUUGUUUAGGAGAUCAAUAAAAUAGAAAGAUAUGGUUCAAUGUUGGAGUCUUGGGAGUCUUCGAAGGAAGCUUCUAACUGUUAUGUUUUGCUGACAUCCAGAUGCUGUGCUUCGUAUUUAAUGUAGCUGAUCCCUCAUUGCCCUUUGGGAUAUUAUCGAGUUGAAGUGUUGUUUGUAAUAUGGAAUAUAUAUCCCUUGCGGAAUUUCAAUUUUGUAUCAGAUUACUGAUUAUUGCCAGGCUGCUGCUGGGUGGUUUAGUAUAUUUUGAUUGCUUUUAA